CAACACGUUUAUCAACAUGGCCGCGCCCAUAGCGGUUCGAUGUGCCUUCCGAAAUGCCGCACGGGCUGGCGAGGUCAUGUUGCGUUCUCAGCAAAAACAAGCCGAAAUCAUGCCUUCAGACUUGCAUUCGCAGCAGCGGCAAGAUAUCGUACAGCGGCACCGUGCUUUUGCCCAAGACAGGCUUUCCCCAGCGAAUCACAGGCGCGAAAAGGUCCGAAAAUGACGAGAAGAUCGCGAAACAUGCAUGUUUUGAAGAGCACUAUGCAUGGCAACGACAAAACAACAUGGGACCCGACUUCAUCCUUCAUGAUGGGCCACCAUAUGCUAAUGGGGACACGCACUUGGGUCAUGCCGUCAACAAGAUUCUGAAGGACAUCACCAUCAGGUACCGCUCCCUGAAAGGUGACCGUGUGCACUUUGUGCCGGGCUGGGACUGUCAUGGCCUCCCCAUCGAGACAAAAGCCCUCACCGCAGCCGAGAGCCAAGGAUCCUCAACUGACGUUCGGUCCAAAGCACGCAGCUUUGCAUCUGCCACCAUUCAGAAGCAAAUGAACUCCUUCAAGCACUGGGGUGUCAUGGCCGACUGGACAAAACCGUACCGGACGUUUGAUGUCGGCUAUGUCACAAAGCAGAUCGAGGCCUUUUAUGAUCUGUAUGAAAAGGGCUAUGUUUUUCGAGACUUCAAGCCCAUCUAUUGGUCACCAUCUAACCGAACUGCGCUUGCCGAAGCCGAAUUGGAGUACAAUGCUGAUCACGUCAGCAAAUCUGUAUACGUUGCCUUCCCACUAGCGAAAGUGCCGGAUGCUGUGCGAAGUGUCUUGCGUAAGGUGCCUGAGCUUUCAGCCCUGAUAUGGACAACCACACCAUGGACCCUGCCAGCAAACCAGGCCAUCUGCUUCUCACCGAAUCAUCAGUACAGCAUCGUUCGAACAAGUACCACUCAAAGACACUUGGUCGUGGCUUCAGACCUGAUCUCUCAUCUCCAACAAAAGCUCAAAGAAGAACUGGAGGUCAUAGCAACUUUCUCAGGAAGCGACAUACUGUCCGACUCAACGUACACACAUCCCCUGUAUCGAGACAAGGAACUGAGGUUUUUGCCAGGAGACUUUGUUACCAUGGAUAAAGGCACGGGAUUGGUCCAUUCGGCUCCCAGCCAUGGCUUUGAAGACUACCAAAAUGCUCUGAAGCAUGGCAUAGCUAUGGAGGACUGUCUAGUGGACGAGGAGGGACGUUUCGCGUCAAGCUGCAGACUGGAGCUGCGCGGUCUUCCAGUGCUGACCGAAGGCUCGGAUGCCGUCACGAAGCUGCUGGCCAAUCACGUCGUCCGGACCGGCAGCUACACCCACAGCUAUCCUUACGACUGGCGCAGCAAACAGCCCGUCAUCGUCAGGUCCUCUCGCCAGUGGUUCAUCAACCUCGACGACGACAUGAGGCAGCGGGCAUUGAGUUGCCUCAAAGGAGUACAGAUCCUGCCGGAAUCGGCACGCACCAUGUUUGAAAACCAAUUGGCGCAGCGACCCCACUGGUGCAUCUCCAGGCAACGGUUCUGGGGCGUCCCGAUACCGGUGGUCUUUCAGGACGAGAAGUCGCUCACUUCGAGAGAAUUCGUCAGACAUGUCUGCAAGCUUAUGAAUGCAAGAGGACCGGAUAUCUGGUGGACGGCCAGCGACAAGGAACUUUUGCCAGAUGAAGUCCGCGAACAGCUUGGAGUCUGUAAGGAUGCUGCGUUAACACGAGGCCAGGACAUUAUGGACAUCUGGCUCGACAGUGGGCUCAGUUGGAAGAUGGUUCUUCCAGAACCUUGCCAAGCAGACGUCUACCUGGAAGGCCUCGACCAGGUUCGGGGCUGGUUCCAGUCUUCGCUGCUCACAAGCGUUGCGCUCACGGGAAAAGCACCUUACAGAAAACUGUACAUGCACGGCUUCACUCUGGACGCUGAGGGUCGCAAGAUGUCCAAGUCACUCGGGAACGUCAUUGACCCUGAGAUGAUAACGAAGGGUGGAAAGGAUCUCAAAAAGGACCCUGCCUUUGGAGUCGACGUGCUUCGGUGGUGGGUUGCUGCUCACACGAGCAACCAUGAAAAUGUUCCUGUCGCCAAGCACGUCCUAGCAGAGUGCCAAGAAAAUGUUGCCAAGAUCAGGGGCACUCUGAGGUUCUGCCUUGGAGCCCUCUCCGACUUCGAUCACUCGCAUCACACGCUGGCUUACGAAGAAAUGCUCCCAUUAGACCAGUUCAUGCUGCACCUCCUACACGGAUUUCACGCUCGUGUUACAUCACUCUAUGACGAAAUGAGGUACAACCACGCCUGUUCCGCAGUGCUAAACUUUGUCGUCAACGAAGCAUCGUCUUUCUACUUCCAAGCUGUCAAAGACAGGCUUUACUGUGAUGUGGAGGACUCUGCGAGUCGGAGGUCCUGUCAGACAGCUUUGAGCCACGUCCUGGACGUACUGGUGACGUUUACCGCUCCGGUUGUUCCACACCUCGCGGAAGAAGUCUUCUACCACCACGGAGACCCUGGCAGAUACGAUACCGGUGUAUUUCGUCGCACGUGGCAAGCACCUCCUGAUGGCUGGGAACGGCCGGAGUUCUCCGAACUAGAGAAGCCGCUCGCAAAGCUGAGGGAAGCCGUGAAUAAAGCUGCUGCCAAGUCUCGGCCAUUGUUGCACGAUGUCAAGAUCGUCUCUACCAGCGGGGACAGCCAUUUUGCCAGCUGCCUCAGACUCCUGCAGCCAGAAGACUCAGCUGUUCACUCGGGACUCACUGAUGUGCUGCAAGUGGCUUCGGUCACUUUCGAGCAAGUCGACGAGCUGACGGCGCUAGUGGAUUCCGACAAGGCUGUGACCUUGGAUGCAGAGGACGAAAAGGUGCUGAUCGCGCUCGAGCCCACAAAGAUGGCUGCCUGCGCACGGUGUCGACGCAACAUCUCCAGCGAAGAAGGCCGCCUCUGUAACAGGUGCGAGGACGUUUACCAGCGUCUGCACUUCAAGUGGGACCCCCUCAAGGCCGAUGCUAAUGCAGAAGAACAAGAAGACAAAGUCCAGACCAAGUCACGGACGUAGACGAAGUAAUCAUCCUAGGCUUUUGUAAUUACAAUCUCAGUGUGUGCAUAAGAGAAUAAAAACUGUUUCACUUCCACGUCAUCUUGCAGUGUUGUGCGUUCCGAGCGAAAAAAAGGUGAGCUCACUGCAACUAUUUAAGCGCUCCACCACAAAUAACGCUGUUGCAAAUAAAUUCUGGCUGUUUAAAAUCGACAUACACCGUAAAAACACAGUAAACGCUACGCCAAAAUUAUGACCAU